AUGAACGACGUCUUAAGCAUGAUGGAGGAUGUCGACAUGCACGUCGUCAAGACACCAUGCAUCUCCAUCAACAGCAUCUCCCAUGACAGUGCCGACAGCGGUUAUCUGUCCAUUGUAACGCCUCAGACCAGCGGCUGUACCCCGAAGAUAACUGGUUAUCGAACGCGUUCGUCUACCGGCGCAUUGUUCUCCACCAAGAAGCAUAGAUAUCGCCCGGAUCCCUUCUUGUGUAAGAGGCAUCGCACCAAAUUCAAUUAUCGUCUCCGAGACGGUAACACCUCCGAGUUCCACAAUACUCUGGAUUAUCUCGUAUCUGAGAAUCCUGUCGAGCACGACUCGGUACUGGAACCGUCGUGCAUGCAUGAUAACCAGAGCCUGGUGCAUUCUACCCCAAGCUGUGCCAAUAAUGAAUUCGACAGGCUGCUUAGCAACAGGAGGAUCACGGUGCCUGUCACCCCCACCAUGGAUUUCCAAAUUUUCUCGCCACCUCUAUCACCGGCGGUACCCUCUUCAUCUGACGUAGCCUCGGAGCCCAUCCUGGAGGAUGCCGAAAUGAAGCUAGUCUGUACGCCGCAUAGUAAAUCGCAACAGGUCAGGACGCCACCGAAACUCAAAGUUUUGAUCCCGCGAGUUGUGAUUUCGCCGAUUCAUACGAGAAAUAGCCCCAUCAUAACGUCAGCGGAUAAUCGUAAGUUGCGCGAAUUGCGUAUCACGGAUUUGGCUGCCUCAUCUGAGAUUAAGCCCAAGAAACUAGACUUCAGCCAUCGCGGUCUAUGUGCGUCGCUGCGGAAUAGCCGAAGAUUUACUUUUGACUAUACGGGAAGAGAAAAGGUGGAUUUCCUAUCUCUUCUUGGAGAAGAGAGCAACCAUUUGAAUCUAGUGUCGAAAAUUUUAUCUUUUCUCACGCCUCAAGAUUUGUGCUCGAUCAGUAUGGUGUCUAGAGUGUGGAGGAAGAUCUGCAAAAGUGAUUCGUGUGCCAAUAAGCGAAAAAUGAGUUUUAUCAUGCGUAAGAACACCGUCAAGGAGAACUUGUGGUUUUUGGUGAAGAAGGCGAAGCACGAAGAGGAUAUACAGACGAGUCCUAAGAGUAGACAUUACGUUCGGAAAGGAUACUUGUUGGAUGUACAGAAUUUGCUGCAAGUUCCAGCACAGCCAAAUAGUCCACCUGUAUCACCGAGCAAAAUUAAAUUUCAUUCCUUCGUUAAGGCUAGUCGUACGCUUGCUAAUGGUGAAUACCUGUUGCCAUGUCCGAGAUGCAGCUUUCCCUGUCAUGUGGAUAGCGAGAAGAACGUGGGGGCCUGCUCGAGGCAGGGUUGCUCCAUCGAAUUCUGCAUCUCAUGCUCGUCGAAACCGCACGCUGGCCCGUGUAAGACACCCUUACUGGCUACCCCGACGAAACGCAACAACAAACGCCUAAUCGCCGGCUCGAGACAGAGCAAACGGAAUUUGCGUCGAUUGUAAAUCGAUUCCUUUUCCUU